GAGGAGGAGGAGGCUCUUCUGACGCUUGUGUUCGGCCUCCAGACGCGGAACUUCAGCAGAGAAAGUGAACGCGACUCCCGUUAAAGGAGAACCGGAGGGGAAUCUACAGCUUUCACCGGAGACGUCUUCCGUGCAGGACUUUAACUGAGAUCGCCUGAAGUGUCAGAUAUGUACCGCUUGCGGGCUCUGACGGCUGCCACCGUCGGGAUGGUGCAGUUGUCAAGACGGCAUCAUGCCGGUGCCUUCCAUUCCUAUCAGCGGCGUAGAGUGAUGCUGGCUGCCCUGGCGGGGGUGACGGGCAUCUCAGCCAGCGCUGGACUACUGUGGACAAGAGCAUAUGCAGAGGCGGGGUCUUCAGUCAAGCACGAGGAGCAGAUGGAGGAGGAGUCUUUGAAGGAUAUAGCGGAGGAGGCGGAGUCAGAUGGCGCUCUCGAGUCGAGUAGCGGGGAGGAGAAAGACGAGGCAGGCACAGAAGGAAAGAAAAAGAAACCGAGAGUCGGCUUCCGUGACCGCAAGGUGAUGGAGUAUGAGAACCGGAUCAGAGCUUACUCCACCCCAGACAAGAUAUUUCGCUACUUUGCCACCCUGAAGAUCAUCAGUGAGCACGGAGACGCGGAGGUGUACAUGACACCACAGGACUUCGUGCGCUCCAUCACACCCAAUGAGAAACAGCCAGAGAACCUUGGUCUGGAUCAGUUUGUGGUGAAACGCUAUGAUGGAAAGGACUUCUGGCAGACAGAGAAGAUCUCUCAGGACAGAGAGAAGUUUGCCGACGAGGACAGCAUUUUCUACACACUGGGGGAGUGUGGACUCAUCUCUUUCUCUGACUACAUCUUCCUCACAACCGUCCUUUCCACUCCUCAAAGGAACUUUGAAAUCGCCUUCAAGAUGUUUGACUUAAAUGGAGAUGGAGAGGUCGACCUUGAGGAGUUUGAGCAAGUUCAGAGUAUCAUCCGUUCUCAGACCAGUAUGGGCAUGAGACAUAGAGAUCGCUCCACCACAGGAAACACUCUGAAAACAGGAGGCUGCAGUUCAGCCCUCACCACCUACUUUUUCGGGGCUGACCUGAAGGGCAAGCUCACCAUCGGCAGUUUCCUGGAGUUUCAGAAGAAAUUACAGCACGAUGUACUAAAGCUUGAGUUUGAGAGGAAUGAUCCAGUGGACGGCAGGAUCACAGAGAAGCAGUUUGGAGGAAUGCUGCUGGCCUACAGUGGAGUUCAGUCUCGUAAACUCAAACAGAUGCAGAAGAACCUCAAAAGAAUGUUCAAGGAUGCUCAGGGCAUCACGUUUGAAGAAGUGGAGAACUUCUUCACCUUCCUGAAGAACGUCAAUGACGUUGACACUGCAUUGAGUUUCUAUCACAUGGCUGGCGCCUCUAUAGAUAAAGCCACCAUGAAGCAGGUGGCCCGCACCGUGGCCAAGGUAGAGCUGUCCGACCACGUGUGUGACGUGGUGUUUGCACUCUUCGACUCUGACGGAAAUGGGGAGCUGAGUAAUAAGGAGUUUAUCGCCAUCAUGAAACAGCGGCUGAUGCGUGGGCUGGAGAAGCCCAAGGAUAUGGGUUUCACCCGGCUGGUGCGUGCCAUGUGGAAGUGUGCCCAGGACACUGCCUGGGACUUUGCCAUGCCGAAACAGCAGUAACGGCUGAGACGGCCACCCGACCCCUGAUGUUACGCUCCAUAUGGAGUAUAAUUAAUCAUUAAGGGAUGAACUCCUUUGGAAGGCACAUCUGAUAACACGCAUGCAUGCUACAAUGACCACUGCUCAUCCUCGGGCUCUUCGGUGCCCACCUGCAACUCAACAUCCAGAGCUCACUAUCUUGUAUUUAUUUCUUGCUGUUGGCCAGUUUUGGAGUUGAAUGCACAAUUCUGCAUACACUGGAAUGUGACUGUAGCAUGUGAAAACACAACAGCGAGAAGUCAUCAUCAAGUGCCAUGAGUUCUCAUCUGAAAUGAAUGUAAGAACUUAGAUAAUUCAUACGAUAUCCAGCUUUGAUUUUUAAAACACUCACCGUCACUUAAGGAAAAAACUCUAUAUUUUGCACUCCUGUUGUCAAAUGUGUCUUAGUCUCCACUUCAGAACUGAAUAUUUAGAAUAUUUAGUGACAAGCAAUUUCCAUUUUGUUAUAAGCUGCAUUAAUAUUUUGAAAAUCUGAUUGUCGAAUGGCUUUAUAAGAGUGAUGCUGAAAAAAUUAUAUUAAAACAUUUUACAGUACUGAAGUCUGUG